AUGAGAGCUUUCCCCUACGUGAAGAUGACACAGGACGAUGCAAAGUGGAAGCAUCCAGAUUUGCGGAAAGUGCGACGGGUUGGGGGCAGUGGCGUAGUGGUUGAUGUUCCAGUGGGGUACGGAGAGGCGCCGAAUGCACAACCUGCUUGUCCAGCACACGAUCCGAGGGUGGCGGAGACAAAUGGGCAUGUGGACGAGGAGACGGAGUCCGGAGGAGUGCCGGUGGAGGUCCAGUGGGGAGAUGUCGUCGAGCUCUGGGAGUAUGAUCCACACCCCUUUAACGGAGCCCGGCCAUCAUCACUCGCCUCUUCUCUUGUGGUGCAUGCGCACACGGGAGAGGGCGUGCACUCCGAUCUCAUUGAAGGAAGCACCCCUUGGACCUCCCACGCCGAUUGUGCAAAUGGAAAGACGAUGACACCUGAAGAGGUGGCUGAAGAGCUGGGGCUUGCAGCCAACCAUUGGGCAGGUGAUCAUUCGGGGUGUGGCCAAUUGGGACGCAUAUCUCGCUGCGUGACGGAGGGGUGGGGCAUCGAGACAACGAUUUACGAGAAAGGAUCAGAGAUUGACAAGGCGGUGCAGGAUUGA